CGGCCGGCGCCGCCGCCAUAGAGACUGUAGCCGUGGAGACAGUUACUUACCAACGGGGACCAACACGCAGCAGCCGCCGCCACCGCCGCCGCGGGAGCCGCUGCCCGAACUCCCGGCCCGAACUCCAGAACAGAGCAUGCAGAAUUCCGAGGCUGGAUCGGACUCGCCUGCGUCCGUGGCUCUGCGUCCCGCGGCGACCGCGCAGCCUGCGCCCGCCUCCCCGCAGAGGGUGCUGGUGCAAGCGGCCGGCCCCGCGCCCAAAGUGGCCCAGAUGCAGCCCGUCUCCCUCCCCAGGGUCCAGCAGGUGUCACAGCAGGUGCAGCCGGUCCAGCAGGUGUACCCCGCGCAGGUCCACUACGUGGAAGGGGGCGACGCCGUGUACACCAACGGAGCCCUUCGCACCGCCUAUGCCUACAACCCCGAGCCUCAGCUCUAUGCCCCGAGCAGCGCCGCGCCCUACUUCGAGGCCCCCAGCGGCGCCCAGGUGACCGUGGCUUCCUCCCCGCCGACCGUGCCUCCUCACAGCAUGGUGGGCCUCACCAUGGACGUCGGGGGCAGCCCCAUCGUCUCCAGCGCAGGAGCCUACCUCAUCCACGGGGGCAUGGACGGCGCGAGGCACUCGCUGGCCCACACGGCCCGCUCCUCACCAGCCACGCUGCAGUGGCUGUUGGAUAACUAUGAGACAGCAGAAGGUGUGAGCCUGCCCCGAAGCUCCUUGUACAACCACUACCUCCGGCACUGCCAGGAACACAAGCUCGACCCGGUCAACGCCGCGUCCUUCGGCAAGCUCAUCCGCUCCGUGUUCAUGGGCCUGCGCACGCGGCGCCUGGGGACCAGGGGCAACUCCAAGUAUCAUUACUACGGCAUCCGGCUAAAGCCAGACUCGCCCCUGAACCGGCUGCAGGAGGAUACCCAGUACAUGGCCAUGCGACAACAGCCCACGCACCAGAAACCCAGGUAUCGACCCACCCAGAAGACGGACAGCCUGGGGGACAGCAGCUCUCACAGCAGCCUACACAGCACGCCUGAGCAGGCCACAGCCGCCCACAGCCAGCACCACCAGCAGUACAUAGACGUCUCCCAUGUCUUCCCUGAAUUCCCAGUGCCCGAUCUGGGCGGCGCCCUGCUACAGGAGAGCAUCACGCUGCGUGACGUCAAGGCCCUCCAGCUGGCCUACCGGCGGCACUGCGAGGCGACCCUGGACGUGGUCAUGAACCUACAGUUUCACUACAUUGAAAAGCUGUGGCUUGCCUUCUGGAAUUCUAAGGGCCCCGCCAGCGACGGCCCCGCCUCACUGCCUGCCAGCGACGAGGAGCCCGAGGGCGCCACGCUCUCCAAGGACAAGCUGGUGUCCCUGUGCAAGUGCGAACCCAUCCUCAAGUGGAUGCGGAGCUGUGACCACAUCCUGUACCAGGCCCUGGUGGAGAUCCUCAUCCCUGACGUGCUGAGGCCCGUCCCCAGUACCCUGACUCAAGCCAUCCGGAAUUUUGCCAAGAGCUUGGAGGGCUGGCUCACCAAUGCCAUGAGCGACUUUCCCCAACGCGUCAUCCAAACCAAGGUGGGCGUGGUGAGCGCCUUCGCGCAGACCCUGCGGCGUUACACGUCCCUCAACCACCUGGCGCAGGCGGCGCGCGCCGUGCUGCAGAACACGGCGCAGAUCAACCAGAUGCUCAGCGACCUCAACCGCGUGGACUUCGCCAACGUGCAGGAGCAGGCGUCCUGGGUGUGCCAGUGCGAGGAGGGCGUGGUGCAGCGGCUGGAGCAGGACUUCAAGCUGACGUUACAGCAGCAGAGUUCGCUGGAUCAGUGGGCCAGCUGGCUGGACGGCGUGGUCACGCAGGUGCUCAGGCAGCACGCAGGCAGCCCCAGCUUCCCCAAGGCCGCCCGGCAGUUCCUGCUCAAAUGGUCCUUCUACAGCUCCAUGGUGAUCCGGGACCUGACCCUGCGCAGCGCUGCCAGCUUCGGCUCCUUCCACCUCAUCCGGCUGCUCUAUGAUGAGUACAUGUUCUACCUGGUGGAGCACCGCGUGGCGCAGGCCACGGGCGAGACGCCCAUCGCCGUCAUGGGCGAGUUCAACGAUCUCGCCUCCCUGUCGCUGACGCUGCUGGACAAAGACGACACGAGCGAUGAGCGCAGCAGUGAGGCGGAUGGCGAUGCCCACGGCCUGGGCGAGCCCCUCGUGAAACGGGAGCGCAGUGACCCAAGCCAUCCCCUUCAGGGCAUCUAGCAGGACCGUGGGCGCCUUCCGCGGGCUUCCGGAAGCUGGCGCCGGUCCGCCCUGUGAGCCUGGACUCCACCGGCCCCGCUGCCCGCUCGCCUGCCCGCCCGCCUG